CGACGGAGCGUCAAGAGGAACCAUCGAUGCCCUCUUGUGUUUAAGGGGAAUUAAAACAUCGUCGGACUCCGUGACGUCGGCGUACGGGAAGCUUCCUGUUUGAACGCGUACAACUGGCGUUCAGCAUCUAAGUAUUGGCUUCCAGGAGUUGUUACGAGUGGAGGAGCCAUGCCUUUCCUCCAUGGGUUUCGUAGGAUCAUAUAUGAGUAUCAGCCGCUGGUAGAUGCUGUGAUGUGUGUUAUUGGACUGGAGGAAGGAGACGGUAGUCACAAGGACCGAGUCCACAGCCCUGAGGAUCAGUCCGAUGUUUGUGGCUCUCUAGCGGAGCUCCUGGAGCGCGAGUCCCAGUCAGACAUGUUUAUGGAAGGCAUUAGCUAUGCUCUGUUUAAGGUGGCUGAGCGAGGACUGGUAAAUGCAGCCGAAAUCCUUCUACGCUAUGGAGCUGAUCUGAAUUUUGAAGACCCAGUCUCCUACUACAAUCCUCUACAUGUGGCAGUUUUAAGGAACAGACCAAGCAUGGUGAGGCUGCUGGUCGGACACGGAGCAAGUGUUGAAAAGAGAGACCGGAUCCAUGAGAGCAGUCCAUUGGAUCUUGCCAGUGAGGAGUCAGAGAGGCUCCCCUGCCUCCUCACCCUGCUGGACCUGGGUGCUGAUGUGAAUGCGAUGGAUAAACAUGGAAAAACCCCUUUGCUCCAUGCCUUCGCGAGCAGCGACGGACUCACUGUGCAUAACACAGAGAACAUCCGGCUUCUUCUUCAGCGAGGUGCCGAUGUUAAUGCCUCUACUGUCGAAGGGGAAACCGUUGAGUCCUCCUUGGUGUUUCUGAUCAAAGAGGCUCUGGAGGCCAACACGGAGGAUGCCGCAGAGAUCGGUAACUUCUGCUUGAAAACCACCGAGCUACUGCUGGCUCACGGUGUGGACCCCAGCUGCUGUCUGAAUGCGGAUGGCGAGCCCUCCCUGACCCAGACGAGCCUGGAGCACUUCGACCUGCUCUUCCCUCUGGCCGUGCUGCUGAUUCAAAGCGGCGCGUCUUUGGUUUGUUCCCGCCACGGCGAGUCCUGUUGGGCCGGUUACAGCCUCCUUUUCCAGCGGCUGCGAACAGCGCUGCGGCAGUGCUCCGACGGAAGCCGCCGCUCUGAGCUUCUGGAGCAAGCCGAGGCAUUGCUCGACUUGGCGAGGGUGGACGUCCCCAUGCUGCGUCUGCCUCUCGGGCUGAAGCUCCCCGUGGCCGGUCGGGACGCCCAGGCGCUGGUGGACCUGCACGGCCGCGUGGUACAGUACGAAGCCAGCCCUCCCACUCUUCGGUGCCUCUGUAGGUCAUUCAUACGGAGCCGCCUGCAGCCUUGGCCCCUGGCGGACAGAUUCAAAGCCUUGCCCUUACCCGACAGACUGAAAGACUUUAUUCUUCCUGAACACACAUAUACCCCGAAACCUGGCUGGGACCGCUUCAAGCCCCAACAUAGCCAGCCCUGACAAUAUAAGCUACUAACUACUACAGGCCUGUAGUCAUCUGUAUACCAUGCCUGGGCAUAAAUGAUUCAUAAAUGUACCACAACGAACCAAUGUUUAAUUCGUACUGUUUUCGGUGCCAAAUCACCAGACACAUGUGGGAAUGUUUACUUUUAUAUUUAUUUCGAGAUAGAGGCCACCAGAUGGCAGUGUUGCUCUUGCGUCUCAACAGCAUCUCAGAUGUCAGGGUCAAAGAUUUAGUUAUUCACAGUGCAGCCUACUUAAGUGGUUCCAGUGCAGUAGGCUCCAUCUAUAUUUCAUCUGCUCGACGUGAUGAUGGUGUGUGUUUUGAAAUGUGUGUGUCCCCGCGCCUGACGUGAAGUUGGACCAAAUAAAACCGGCGUCUGUCUCACAAACAAUUGUCCAGAUAGCCUCAUUCUAUCCAGAAAUAUCUG